CGCACAGCUCUGACUCUCGGAUCCCCUUUGGUUCAUUGACUGAAAAGAGAGCACCGAGCAGUAAAAAUGGGCACUCUGAGCUUUUUCGACCUCACAUGGACAUGGUCGCCAUGGCUUCUCUGGGUGGCCGCGUCCGCGACUGUGGCCUCUGCGAUCGGACGCUCGGUCUACCUGCUGUAUUUCCACCCGGCUGCAAAGUUUCCCGGCCCGAAGCUUGCCGCCAUAUCUUAUAUCCCCUAUUGCUACCAUUGGAUUCGAGGGCGAUAUCCCUGGUUUCAGGAGCAGGUGCUCCGAGAGUACGGCCACGUCGUCCGCGUGGGACCCAACGAGCUUGUCUUCUUCACGCCGCAGGCGGCCACCGACAUCUACGGCGCCUCGGUAAAGCACCAGGAGGUGUUUCUCAAGACGGACCUGAUGGACUUUGGCGCCGGCGACCUGGGCUUCAUCUGGGAGUCGGACCCGGCCAAGCGCAAGGCCGUCGCCAAGAAGAUCCUGCCGGCCUUCAGCAGCAAAGCCACCAAGGAGAAGGAGCCUUUGGUCCACGCAUACCUGGAUCUCUUCGUCCGGCGAAUGAAGGAGGUCGGCGGCCGCCCCGAAGGCCUGCCGAUGAACGACUGGCUGCUGUGGCUCGCCAUCGACAUGGCGGCCGACCUAGCAUAUGGGCGCGAGCUGACUCAUCUGAAAGACGGCAAGACGUCUGACUUUGUCGAGACAAUCCGCGGCACGAGCUUUGUUGGGACAUUGGUCCAGCUGUCCAAAAGGGUUACCAUUAUCGGGUUGCUGGCACCCGUCUUCGUCCCGCUCCGAGUGAUGCGGUCCAUCCCUGCCGUGUUCAAGGCCAACAAGGCCGAGGUGCAGGCACGCAUCGACAAGCGAGGCAAGACGAAGCACCCGGACUUCAUGGACUACAUGAUUUCUCCCGAGGACCCGCCACCGGCCAGCAAGAAGGAGCUCACCCACAUUGAGCAGGUGGCCUUCCAGAUGUUUAUUGCUGGCUUCGACCCGGUGCAGAUCACAUUUUACGCCGUCCUCUUCUUCCUGUUGAAAAGUCCAAAGGCCAGGGCGAUCCUGACCGAGGAAAUUCGCAGCGCGUUCGAAAGCUACGAGGACAUCACCCCGGAAGCACUAGCCCGCCUCAAGUAUCUCAAUGCUUUCAUUCACGAGACGCUCCGCGUGCACUUGACCACUCCGACCGGCAUGCCACGCCUCAGCCCGGGUGCUGUGGUUGAUGGGGUCUAUGUACCAAAAGGGAUCGUUGUGCAACUCAGCUCCUUCACGGCCAUGAGACACGAGCGCUACUUUGCCGACCCCCUCGAGUUCCGACCGGAGCGCUGGCUGCCAGCCGACCAUGCGCUCUACGACACGCGUUAUGCAAACGACAACCUCAAGGCCUUCUUCCCCUUCAGCCUGGGUCCGCGCCAGUGCACGGGGCGCGAGAUUGCGUGGUCGCAGACCCGCCUGUUCCUGGCCAAGGUGCUGUGGACGUUUGAGCUCGAGGGCGUCAGGGGCCACGACAAGUCGUUUGAUGACGACUUUUCCGUCCACGUCAUGUGGAACCGACCCGAGCUGUAUGUGCGCUUCGUCCCCCGCUAGGUGCCGCAGUGCUGCUCGGCAGGAUCCAGUCAGGAUUCUCCCAACGGCUAGACCGCGCCGCAGUUUAAGGGCGGGGGAUCUCCGAGUGUGUCGUGUGGUCGGGCUAUACUGAGGGACUGUGGCCGUGGACAUGUAUAUACUACUAAGUUAGGUACUGCUGAGAAAGACGGUUAUACGUAAGAUUGCUUUCAUUAUU